AUGGUCUUCAAAAUACUCAUAAGUGGCGCUGGCAUUGCUGGCCCUUCCCUCGCUUACUUUCUGUCGCUCGCCAAAGCCGGCCACCAAAUAACUAUUAUCGAACGUUUUCCCGCUAUUCGCAAAACAGGUGCUCAAGUCGAUCUCCGCGCGCAAGGAAUCGAAGUCGUUAAACGCAGUGGGCUCCUGGAUGCCAUCUGCUCCAAGCUCGUCCCCGAGGAAGGUGUUUCAUUUGUUAACUCGAAGGGAGUCGUACAAGGGUCAAUUCUAGCGAAUAAAUCUGGACAGGGCGCGCAGAGCUUGACGUCUGAGUACGAGAUCAUGAGGGGGGACCUAGUGGAUAUAUUGUAUGAUGCUACGAGAAGAUUGGAUGGAGUAAAGUACAUCUUCGGAAAGGAGAUUGAGAGCUUUACAGAAGAAGAUGAUGCUAUAGAAGGGAAAGGGAAGGUGGCCGUGGUCUUUUCAGACGGAUCAAUGGAAACAUUUGACCUCCUCGUCGACGCAGGGGGGCAAGGGUCUAGGAUCCGAAGGUCCAUCCUACCUCCUAAUGCAACAGACCCAUAUCGACGAGUCGGAUUACACGUUGCAUAUUUUUUCGUUCCAAGAAUCGCAAGUGAUGAUAAUCUGCGAAGAGUCUACAACUGUUCUGGCGGCCGGAUGAUCUUCAGAAGAAGCCAUAAUGCCACAGAGACACAGGUUUAUUUCUUCUUACGAAACGAUGACCCUAGGUUAUCCAGCAUCUCUAAAGCAGAUAUUGAGACACAGAAAGCAUUUUGGGCGGAUCGCUUCCGCGAUGCCGGAUGGGAAACGGCCAGGUUUCUUGAAGGGCUAAAGACGACUGAAGAUUUCUACUGUCACGAAGUUGUCCAAGUUAAAAUGGAUGCAUGGUCGUCGAAUGGCGGCCGCUUUGUGUUGCUGGGUGAUGCGGCAUAUUGCCCGUGUCCAUUAACAGGGAUGGGCACGACGGGUGCCUUUGUAGGUGCGUACGUUCUUGCUGGGGAGAUUCUUCGGCAUCCGAAUGAUGCAAGGAUGGCGCUCAGAAAUUAUGAGAAAACACUUAGACCGUUUGUGGACGUGAUUCAAGAGCUGAAUACCACAGCGUUAAGGUUGGCGAUGCCGGAGUCACAGUGGGGGGUCAAUGUGCUUCAUUUCUUGAUAAGGUGGUUGUGUUGGUUGAAAGUUCCAGAUAUUGCCGCAAGGCUGUCAAGAACAGAGAAGGGUGGGUGGAAGGUGCCGGAGUAUGAGGACUUGAGGGGGUUUUCUUCCCAACACUAG